AUGCCAAUUUCUUAUCGUUAUAAUUAUCCCACGUGCUCCCACGUGUCAGUGCAAACCCGUUCUCCGUUACUCUCCGGACUUGCCUCUCCCGCGGCCCUUCCUUCCGCGAACUUCCGUGCACGUGGUUCACCCAUCAUGGAGGAUCAGGUUUGUUUAUCAUCUACACUUCAUUCCUCUUUAUUCCUCUCACCUAUCCCUCUCCCUUUCCUUCAGCUGGUACAGUUAGAGCUCCUCUGCCACCAGUUAUACGAGUCAAGUGAUAUAGUCACCAGACGCCGAGCAGAAAAGACUUUAGUUGCUUUCUCCGAAUCGCCCAACUCCCUACCCCAGUGCCAGAUAUUACUAGAGAACUCACAGUCUCCAUAUGCAUUGCUAUUGGCUGCAUCAACACUCACUAAGUUAGUUACUAGCCCAACCUCUUCUCUCUCAUCUGAUGACAGACUACAAUUACGUAAUUAUAUUUUACAAUACUUAAGCACUCGCAUUAGUUUAACCCCCUACGUUGUCCGAGCACUAGUACAGCUAAUAGCCAGGAUUAGUAAACAUGGCUGGUUUGAUAAUGACAAGAGCAAGGGAUUCAUGUUCAGAGACAUACUCGAAGAAGUCGGGAAAUUCCUUCAAGGUUCAGCUGCACAUUGUGUAGUUGGUAUUCAGAUAUUAUACGAGUUAGUUCAAGAGAUGAACACUCUUGAGAGUACCCGAACACUCGCUAAGCAUCGUAAAACCGCCGGGUCCUUCCGUGACGAGUCUCUCUAUAACAUAUUCACACUCUCAACUACUUUACUACGACAGGUCAACAUUUCAGACGAGCAACAGCAACCUCUGGUUGAGUGGUUACUGAAGCUUUGCUCAAUUUGUCUCUCUUUCGAUUUCAUUGGAAACUCAACCGACGAAUCCUCAGAUGAUCUCACCACGGUUCAGAUACCGACCGCUUGGAGGCCUUUAUUUAGAGACUUCUCUACUCUACAACUUUUCUUUGGGCUCUUUCAUUCUCUCCCACCAAGACUGGCCACAUAUUCUGUAUCGUGCCUUGUCCAAUUGGCUAGUGCCAGGCGCUCGCUGUUCAGUAAUUUGGAGAGAGCCCAGUAUCUGGAGCAGCUGGUGAAAGGAGUUCAAGCAAUAUUAGAAUCACCUCAAUCCCUCUCCAAUGCUGAGUGCUAUCACGAGUUCUGUAGACUGCUAGUGAGACUAAAGUCAAACUAUCAGCUAGGGGAACUCAUGAAGUUGGAUCAGUAUCCACAGUUCCUGCAGCUAGUAGCUAAAUUUACCAUAUCCAGUUUACAGAGUUGGCAGUUCUCGUCCAACAGCGUGCAUUAUUUAUUGAGUCUCUGGCAGAAGAUGGUUGGGAGUGUACCAUACAUCAGAGCACAGGACACUCACUUAUUGAACACUUACGUGCCAGAGAUAGUAAAGGUGUACAUUACUUCAAGACUUGAGUGUGUUGAGGGAGUCCUAAGAGAUGAUAUAGAGGACCCAUUGGACGAUGAUACUGCACUUGGACAACAACUGGACCAACUUAGUGUCAUUGCUAGGUGUGAUUACCACAAUACAUGUGAACUAUUGAUAUCGUUGUUUGAUACUUCGGCCAGUAACUAUCAGCAAUUGUUACAAUCGAGUUCGACUCGCAACGAAAAUGAGCUCUCUCUCAGAGAAGGCCAGUUGGCUUGGCUAGUACAUUUGAUAGGUCACGUGAUUGGAGGUCAUGUGGCUCACUCUAACUCUGGAGCAUACGACAGUAUCGAUGGGCAACUGGUCUGCAGGGUGCUACAGUUAAUGGAUCUAACUGAUGCUCAUUUAUCUCAGAGAGGGUCGGAGCACCUGGACAUUGCAAUCAUUGGGUUCUUUGAACAAUUUCGUAAAUUCUACAUUGGGGAAAUGAUACACAAAUCGGCUCAGGUGUAUAGAACACUCGGAGAGCAGCUGGGUUUAAAUGACGAAACAAUGGUACUUAAUGUAAUCGUCAGGAAAAUUAUAACUAAUCUCAAGAUGUGGAUGAGGAGUCAAUCUAUAAUGACAAAGACGCUAAUGCUGUUACAAGACCUAUCGCUGGGUUUCUCCAGUGUUAGGAAAUUAUUUAAAUUGGACUCCAUUCAAUUCAUACUAGCAAAUCAUAAUGCAGAACACUUCCCAUUCCUUGGUAUAGUGACCAGCGAUCAGGUGGACACAAGAUGUAGGACAGUGUUCUACACAGCAUUGGGUCGACUGUUGAUGGUAGAACUAGGAGAGAACGAGGAAAGAUUCACACACUUCAUGACACCAAUAACCAAUACACUCGAACAAGUAAAGACAGCUUUAAGUGGACAGACUGUACUCAGCGAGCAACAAAUUAAACAAAUGAUAGUUGGAGCUGCCAGAGAUUCAAGAGGCAUACUGAUUGCUUUCAGUAACAAACAAAGUUAUGGACUCUUCUUUGAAUGGAUUUAUCCUAACUAUGUCAGUAUAUUUGUCGAGGCACUGAGACUUUGGUAUCUAGACUCGUUUGUGACCACGCCCACUUUAAAACUCGUAGCAGAAUUAGCACAGAAUAGGUCUCAGAGACUAACGUUUGACGUGACGUCUCCCAAUGGAGUCCUCUUGUUCCGUGAAGCAUCAAGAACUAUAGUCACUUAUGGUGGCCAAAUACUAACAGUAGGAGACAUACCAGAAGAAGAAUUGUACUCUAGAAAGUUAAAGGGGAUAGCAAUCUCGUUUUCUCUUCUCAAGUCCUCCCUUUGUGGUAAUUAUGUCAAUUUUGGUGUCCUUAAACUUUAUGGUGACACUGCUAUGGAGGACGCUAUGAACAUCUUUGUAAAGCUACUGAUAUCACUUCCCUUGAAAAACUUACUGGAUUAUCCUAAGUUAAGUGCUUCGUACUAUCCUUUACUGGAAGUUCUCACGCAACAUCAUAUGGAAUUUAUUAGCACACUUGAACCUAAUGUUAUUAUAUAUAUAAUAUCAUCAUUAUCAGAAGGACUCUCAUCACUAGAUACAUCAGUUUGCACUGGUUGCUGUAGCUCAUUGGAUCACAUAUUAACAUUCUUAUUUAAAAAACUAAAUAAACAGAAAACGGGAGGAGGAGGGGGUGGAGCAUUCACGCCUUCUUAUGCUCUGCUACAAUUACCACAGGCCAGACCCGAAAUAUUACAAGACAUGUUAAAUUCAAUAUUAAAUACAGUGAUGUUUGAGAAGUGUCGCAUCCAGUGGUCAAUGUCACGCCCACUAUUAGGACUUAUAUUACUUAAUGAAGAUUAUUUUAAAACACUACGUGAUCAGAUAGUCUCACUUCAGCCACUAGAGAAGCAGAGCUCAAUGUCAGUUUGUUUUGAUAACCUCAUGGAUGGGAUUGAGUACAACAUGUCCACUAGGAACAGAGACAAGUUUACUCAGAAUCUAUCAGUGUUCAGACGUGAUCUAACAGUAUCAAUGAAAGAUUCACAAGCUGACAUGAUGAAUGAAUCACUACCACCUAUGAUGAUGACAUGAAUUAAUGCAUUCACACAGACACACACACAUACACUGAUUAGUAAUUAUUAUUAUUGUUAUUGUAUUAUAUUAUUGUAUGAAUUUUUGUGUUGUAUUGUACUACUAUUUGAA